AUGAAGAAUGUUCAAAGAAGUGAAAGUGACUUAGAGAAAGCCACAAACUCAGAGGCGAAUACAGCAGAUAACAAGAUUGAUAAUCUCAAAAAGGUGAUAGAUGAAGCUGCCAAAGAAAUGGAAAGUAAACCUUCCAAAUCAACAGGUGGUCCAUCGUCAAAUGACUCUCCAAGUAACGUCUCAAAGCUCAAGGGGGAGAGUUCAACUACACCAAAGGCAACCGAAGUAUAUUCUGAGGGGGAGCAUCCAAUUCCGUCACCAACUAAUAAAGAUCCAGGUGAAGGGGAAAGUACUGCUCCAAUACCACCCAAUAGUAGUCCUAUCAAGGGGGAGAAUCCGACUCCCACAGAGGAUGCAAACUCUGAUGCUGCCACAGGAUACACUUCGCUAGUUGAGGGGGAGAAAGGAAAUACAACUGACGAAGGUGAUGAUGAUCAAUCAGAAUUUGAAGUUGAAGUGAACGUUGAGUUAGAUCCAGCAUAUGAUCCAACUAUCCUCCAGAAAGCCACAAACUCAGAGGCGAAUGCAGCAGAUAACAAGAUUGAUAAUCUCAAAAAGGUGAUAGAUGAAGCUGCCAAAGAAAUGGAAAGUAAACCUUCCAAAUCAACAGGUGGUCCAUCGUCAAAUGACUCUCCAAGUAACGUCUCAAAGCUCAAGGGGGAGAGUUCAACUACACCAAAGGCAACCGAAGUAUCUUCUGAGGGGGAGCAUCCAAUUCCGUCCCCAACUAAUAAAGAUCCAGGUGAAGGGGAAAGUACUGCUCCAAUACCACCCAAUAGUAGUCCUAUCAAGGGGGAGAAUCCGACUCCCACAGAGGAUGCAAACUUUGAUGCUGCCACAGGAUACACUUCGCUAGUUGAGGGGGAGAAAGGAAAUACAACUGACGAAGGUGAUGAUGAUCAAUCAGAAUUUGAAGUUGAAGUGAACGCUGAGUUAGAUCCAGCAUAUGAUCCCACUAUCCUCCAGAAAGCCACAAACUCAGAGGCGAAUGCAGCAGAUAACAAGAUUGAUAAUCUCAAAAAGGUGAUAGAUGAAGCUGCCAAAGAAAUGGAAAGUAAACCUUCCAAAUCAACAGGUGGUCCAUCGUCAAAUGACUCUCCAAGUAACGUCUCAAAGCUCAAGGAGGAGAGUUCAACUACACCAAAGGCAACCGAAGUAUCUUCUGAGGGGGAGCAUCCAAUUCCGUCCCCAACUAAUAAAGAUCCAGGUGAAGGGGAAAGUACUACUCCAAUACCACCCAAUAGGAGUCCUAUCAAGGGGGAGAAUCCGACUCCCACAGAGGAUGCAAACUCUGAUGCUGCCACAGGAUACACUUCGCUAGUUGAGGGGGAGAAAGGAAAUACAACUGACGAAGGUGAUGAUGAUCAAUCAGAAUUUGAAGUUGAAGUGAACGCUGAGUUAGAUCCAGCAUAUGAUCCAACUAUCCUCCAGAAAGCCACAAACUCAGAGGCGAAUGCAGCAGAUAACAAGAUUGAUAAUCUCAAAAAGGUGAUAGAUGAAGCUGCCAAAGAAAUGGAAAGUAAACCUUCCAAAUCAACAGGUGGUCCAUCGUCAAAUGACUCUCCAAAUAACGUCUCAAAGCUCAAGGGGGAGAGUUCAACUACACCAAAGGCAACCGAAGUAUCUUCUGAGGGGGAGCAUCCAAUUCCGACCCCAACUAAUAAAGAUCCAGGUGAAGGGGAAAGUACUGCUCCAAUACCACCCAAUAAUAGUCCUAUCAAGGGGGAGAAUCCGACUCCCACAGAGGAUGCAAACUCUGAUGCUGCCACAGGAUACACUUCGCUAGUUGAGGGGGAGAAAGGAAAUACAACUGACGAAGGUGAUGAUGAUCAAUCAGAAUUUGAAGUUGAAGUGAACGCUGAGUUAGAUCCAGCAUAUGAUCCAACUAUCCUCCAGAAAGCCACAAACUCAGAGGCGAAUGCAGCAGAUAACAAGAUUGAUAAUCUCAAAAAGGUGAUAGAUGAAGCUGCCAAAGAAAUGGAAAGUAAACCUUCCAAAUCAACAGGUGGUCCAUCGUCAAAUGACUCUCCAAGUAACGUCUCAAAGCUCAAGGGGGAGAGUUCAACUACACCAAAGGCAACCGAAGUAUCUUCUGAGGGGGAGCAUCCAAUUCCGUCCCAACCUAAUAAAGAUCCAGGUGAAGGGGAAAGUACUGCUCCAAUACCACCCAAUAGUAGUCCUAUCAAGGGGGAGAAUCCGACACCCACAGAGGAUGCAAACUCUGAUGCUGCCACAGGAUACACUUCGCUAGUUGAGGGGGAGAAAGGAAAUACAACUGACGAAGGUGAUGAUGAUCAAUCAGAAUUUGAAGUUGAAGUGAACGCUGAGUUAGACCAGCAUAUGAUCCAACUAUCCUCCGUUAAGAAAGCCACAAACUCAGAGGCGAAUGCAGCAGAUAACAAGAUUGAUAAUCUCAAAAAGGUGAUAGAUGAAGCUGCCAAAGAAAUGGAAAGUAAACCUUCCAAAUCAACAGGUGGUCCAUCGUCAAAUGACUCUCCAAGUAACGUCUCAAAGCUCAAGGGGGAGAGUUCAACUACACCAAAGGCAACCGAAGUAUCUUCUGAGGGGGAGCAUCCAAUUCCGUCCCAACCUAAUAAAGAUCCAGGUGAAGGGGAAAGUACUGCUCCAAUACCACCCAAUAGUAGUCCUAUCAAGGGGGAGAAUCCGACACCCACAGAGGAUGCAAACUCUGAUGCUGCCACAGGAUACACUUCGCUAGUUGAGGGGGAGAAAGGAAAUACAACUGACGAAGGUGAUGAUGAUCAAUCAGAAUUUGAAGUUGAAGUGAAUGCUGAGUUAGACCAGCAUAUGAUCCAACUAUCCUCCGUUAAGAAAGCCACAAACUCAGAGGCGAAUGCAGCAGAUAACAAGAUUGAUAAUCUCAACAAGGUGAUAGAUGAAGCUGCCAAAGAAAUGGAAAGUAAACCUUCCAAAUCAACAGGUGGUCCAUCGUCAAAUGACUCUCCAAGUAACGUCUCAAAGCUCAAGGGGGAGAGUUCAACUACACCAAAGGCAACCGAAGUAUCUUCUGAGGGGGAGCAUCCAAUUCCGUCCCAACCUAAUAAAGAUCCAGGUGAAGGGGAAAGUACUGCUCCAAUACCACCCAAUAGUAGUCCUAUCAAGGGGGAGAAUCCGACACCCACAGAGGAUGCAAACUCUGAUGCUGCCACAGGAUACACUUCGCUAGUUGAGGGGGAGAAAGGAAAUACAACUGACGAAGGUGAUGAUGAUCAAUCAGAAUUUGAAGUUGAAGUGAACGCUGAGUUAGACCAGCAUAUGAUCCAACUAUCCUCCGUUAAGAAAGCCACAAACUCAGAGGCGAAUGCAGCAGAUAACAAGAUUGAUAAUCUCAAAAAGGUGAUAGAUGAAGCUGCCAAAGAAAUGGAAAGUAAACCUUCCAAAUCAACAGGUGGUCCAUCGUCAAAUGACUCUCCAAGUAACGUCUCAAAGCUCAAGGGGGAGAGUUCAACUACACCAAAGGCAACCGAAGUAUCUUCUGAGGGGGAGCAUCCAAUUCCGUCCCAACCUAAUAAAGAUCCAGGUGAAGGGGAAAGUACUGCUCCAAUACCACCCAAUAGUAGUCCUAUCAAGGGGGAGAAUCCGACACCCACAGAGGAUGCAAACUCUGAUGCUGCCACAGGAUACACUUCGCUAGUUGAGGGGGAGAAAGGAAAUACAACUGACGAAGGUGAUGAUGAUCAAUUAGAAUUUGAAGUUGAAGUGAAUGCUGAGUUAGACCAGCAUAUGAUCCAACUAUCCUCCGUUAAGAAAGCCACAAACUCAGAGGCGAAUGCAGCAGAUAACAAGAUUGAUAAUCUUAAAAAGGUGAUAGAUGAAGCUGCCAAAGAAAUGGAAAGUAAACCUUCCAAAUCAACAGGUGGUCCAUCAUCAAAUGACUCUCCAAGUAACGUCUCAAAGCUCAAGGGGGAGAGUUCAACUACACCAAUGGCAACCGAAGUAUCUUCUGAGGGGGAGCAUCCAAUUCCGUCCCAACCUAAUAAAGAUCCAGGUGAAGGGGAAAGUACUGCUCCAAUACCACCCAAUAGUAGUCCUAUCAAGGGGGAGAAUCCGACACCCACAGAGGAUGCAAACUCUGAUGCUGCCACAGGAUACACUUCGCUAGUUGAGGGGGAGAAAGGAAAUACAACUGACGAAGGUGAUGAUGAUCAAUCAGAAUUUGAAGUUGAAGUGAACGCUGAGUUAGACCAGCAUAUGAUCCAACUAUCCUCCGUUAAGAAAGCCACAAACUCAGAGGCGAAUGCAGCAGAUAACAAGAUUGAUAAUCUCAAAAAGGUGAUAGAUGAAGCUGCCAAAGAAAUGGAAAGUAAACCUUCCAAAUCAACAGGUGGUCCAUCGUCAAAUGACUCUCCAAGUAACGUCUCAAAGCUCAAGGGGGAGAGUUCAACUACACCAAAGGCAACCGAAGUAUCUUCUGAAUGGGAGCAUCCAAUUCCGUCCCCAACUAAUAAAGAUCCAGGUGAAGGGGAAAGUACUGCUCCAAUACCACCCAAUAGUAGUCCUAUCAAGGGGGAGAAUUCGACUCCCACAGAGGAUGCAAACUCUGAUGCUGCCACAGGAUACACUUCGCUAGUUGAGGGGGAGAAAGGAAAUACAACUGACGAAGGUGAUGAUGAUCAAUCAGAAUUUGAAGUUGAAGUGAACGCUGAGUUAGAUCCAGCAUAUGAUCCAACUAUCCUCCAGAAAGCCACAAACUCAGAGGCGAAUGCAGCAGAUAACAAGAUUGAUAAUCUCAACAAGGUGAUAGAUGAAGCUGCCAAAGAAAUGGAAAGUAAACCUUCCAAAUCAACAGGUGGUCCAUCGUCAAAUGACUCUCCAAGUAACGUCUCAAAGCUCAAGGGGGAGAGUUCAACUACACCAAAGGCAACCGAAGUAUCUUCUGAAGGGGAGCAUCCAAUUCCGUCCCCAACUAAUAAAGAUCCAGGUGAAGGGGAAAGUACUGCUCCAAUACCACCCAAUAGUAGUCCUAUCAAGGGGGAGAAUUCGACUCCCACAGAGGAUGCAAACUCUGAUGCUGCCACAGGAUACACUUCGCUAGUUGAGGGGGAGAAAGGAAAUACAACUGACGAAGGUGAUGAUGAUCAAUCAGAAUUUGAAGUUGAAGUGAACGCUGAGUUAGAUCCAGCAUAUGAUCCAACUAUCCUCCGUUAG